AUGAGGAAUCGCUCAGAACCAUUUCUGCUACACAAUCUGGCCUUCCUAUUCACGUUAACCAAUACCACAGCCUCUGUCCCAUAGACCAGAAAUUUGAAACAAGCGCAAAAUCGUUUGGAUACAUGUCGUCGGUUUAUAAAGUCAUGUCGAAUCUAGAUGGAAAACUGUACACUAUGAGACGACUGGAAAACGUCCCUAUUUCCUCUGAAUCGUGUUUCCGUUCUGUGAACAAAUGGCGAUCUCUGAACUGCGCCAACGUGGUUAAGUUAUACGAAGUGAUGACUACGCGUGCAUUUGGCGACAACUCUUUGAUACUCAUAUACGAUUACUAUCCGAUGUCGCGAAAUUUGUUGGAGGCUCAUUUCUUCAAAAUAGGAGACAAGGAUCCAGAGCUGAUUACAGAACCAUUAUUAUGGAACUACUUGGUGCAACUCACAAACGCAGUGAGCGAGGUUCAUAAAGCAGGUUUGGCUGUGAGGGUGUUCGAUCCAACAAAAAUAAUAGUGACCAACAAGGGCCGCAUAAGGCUGUCUGCCUGCGGGGUGUACGAUAUAUUAGAGGCCUCAUCCAAAGAGGGCCCAACAGAAAGCUUCAAAGAACUUCAAGCGCGCGACAUACAGGGAAUGGGUAUUUUGAUUUACGAUUUGGCAAAAUCUCUUGUUUUCGCCAAAGUGCAGAACCUCAGUGCGGAAGAAGGGAUUCCUAAACUAACGGUUUCUGACAAAUUAAAGGAUGUUCUCAAGAAGCUCAUUGGAAACGAGGUCUCGCUUGACCAACUACAGCAGCUCAUUGCUCCAGAAAUACUCUCGGUUAUGAAUGGUGUGCAAGAUUCUGCGGAUUACAUGGAGGCAUGUCUAUCGCGUGAAGUUGAAAAUGCACGUCUCGUUCGUCUUUUCGCCAAAUUAGAUUUUAUAUGCGACCGUCCCGAGUUUGUGAAAGACGGGUCAUGGUCUGAGACUGGCGAGCGCUACCCAAUCAAGCUAUUCCGUGACUACGUAUUCCAUCAAGUGGACGAAAAUGGGAAGCCUGUAUUAGAUCUAACUCAUGCGAUCAAUUGUCUGAAUAAACUCGAUGCCGGGAGCAAAGAGACUAUUCUGCUGGUGUCACCGGAUGAAAUGAGUUGUCUCAUUGUGAGCUAUGAGACACUGAAGGAACUGGUGGAAAAAAGUUUUCGUCAGCUACGCUCCUAAAGCUAAUUUUAACCGCCAAAAUUUUCUUUUCUCUCAUGUCCACUCACUAUCAUCUGUCACAGCUUCAAUGCAAGCUGUUGGAGCUGAGAGUGCAUUUCCACCAUUGGUGGAAUAGCGGGGGAGGAAGAAGAGACCCUGAGAAACAUCCGAAUAUUCUUACCAGGCGGCUGAAAAACAUGCCUUUGAUAUCUCUUCGAAAUGCCGAGUUUGCCGCGUAUUUGAUCUCGUUAGGUAUUGACAAAGAUACUGGUCUACACCUUGGGGUUCCCAUCAGUGAAUUGGCCAAACGUCACGAACGAUUAAGACAAACAAUCAAGCUUCUGGGAUUAGGUCGGAGUGAGCCGCAUCAGAAACAUAGCGAAACCAACGAGAAGCCCGAAUCUUGGCGUCUGGAUAACAGUUAUUAUCUACGAGUCGUCGAGAAGCUUGACGCUCCGCCAAAGAACGAGAUAAAUGAGACAGCGGAUGCAGAAUCUGACGAAGAGCUAGUUGAUGAGCUUGCAACAGAAAAGCCUCACAACCUAGAGAGUACACCUGUUGACGAAGCACAACAAAUGCGGGACCAGGAAGAAGGCAUGGUAGCACAGCAGCAGCUUGAUCCGCAAGGAUUGGGCCAUCCUCGAAGAGACCGAUCAUUUGCUAGAUUUUUACCAUUCAGAGCCAAACGAAAGAAGUUCAUCAAGACUCCCCCACUUGAACAAGAAAAUGAGCCGCCACCGCCACCGCCAUCAACAAAACCUCCCAGAAAGGUCUCGAUCUCACUGCCGACGCAGUAUCUGCAGUAUGAUGAGCCCGAUUCAGGGUCGGUGUUUGGGGAGUCGCUUUUGCGCGAUAUCGAUAGACCCAGCAUUGGCAGGCGGGCAAUUUCGGACGUAACCAACGCUUCUACAACAGUUUUCCGGCCUUUCAAAGCCAUUUUGAAACGAGAGCUAGUAGAGAACCCAAAGCCUUCAUCCAGGUCGCUGCGCCCGACUUCAGAAAGGACCCCCAACUUUGCGCCAGGAAAAAAAAGUACCCUUCCUGGGUCACAUCUUUUUACCACCAUCAUCAACGAUAUAUCGCUUAACGCUGCACUUCAGGCCAACGGCCUGGCGCCGAGGCGUAGGAUUCCGCGCGAAGUGAAACCGGAUUUCACAAAUUUGAACGAUUACUCGUCGAUAAUGAACAACGAGAAUAAGGCUCAGAAAGUAAACAGACAAGAGCGGCCGAUGUCUCUGGAUUCCUGUUUGAAUCAAACCAUCAUAAUAGAAGCAAAGCCGGAACUGAUUGAGAAGUCGUCACCCCUAGCCUUGGUUCUGGAAAGUUCAGAGAAUUACCCAUAUUCGACUUUGGGGUACGGGAUGGACAUUAUUACCAACUACCAAUAUGCAGAUGAUACGCUUUCGAGACAGGACGAGAGCCAGCUUUGCCAAAAACUGAUGCUGGACAAGGUGGACAUGGUGAAACC